AGAAGAACUCAUGCAGGCUACACUAGUAAUGCUAACCAGCUGUGCAGCUAGCCGCGCCGGUUCUAGCUGACAGUCAGUCACCAUCCGCUCUCCCACUUAACUUUGACGGCAAUUCACUUUACUCCUCCAGAGCUGCAUGACAGUGACUGUGCUGUCCGUGUGUUACUGUUUCGUGAAAUAUUUAUGCAGCUGAGAAGCUAAAAAUGAGAGAAGGAGUGUGUGUCGUGUGACUCAGCUCUUGUGUAGCCAUGGAGAAGCCCUGGAGGCUGUGGGGGGCAAUGGAGCGCUGUACCCUGACUCUGGCCUCCUGGUCCUGGGGGGCUUGUCGAGUCUCCCUUUUGGCCCUCAUCCUCACCUUCCACCUGUAUGGAGGAUUCUUUCUCCUAGCUCUUAUCCUAGCGUCUGUGGCGGGCAUCCUCUACAAAUUUCAGGAUGUCCUCCUCUACUUCCCUGACCAGCCCUCCUCCUCCCGCCUUUAUGUUCCCAUGCCAACAGGAAUCCCUCAUGAGAAUGUGUACAUUCGCACCAAGGACGGUGUGAAGCUUAACCUCAUCCUGCUCCGCUACACAGGAGGCGACUCACCUCCUGGAGUUGCUCCUAGCAAUCAAAGCAGCCCCACUUCCUCGUCUCCACCUACCAUCCUUUAUUUCCAUGGUAAUGCGGGUAAUAUUGGUCACAGGGUGCCAAACGCCCUGCUUAUGCUGGUCAAUCUGAAAGCCAAUGUGGUGCUGGUGGACUACCGUGGCUAUGGAAAGAGUGAGGGUGAGCCCAGUGAGGAUGGGCUGUACCUAGAUGCUGAGGCCACACUGGACUAUGUCAUGACCCGUCCUGAUCUGGACAAGACAAAGGUGGUACUGUUUGGCCGCUCACUCGGGGGUGCUGUGGCUGUGCGCUUGGCAUCAGUCAACCCUCACCGUGUAGCAGCCAUUAUUGUUGAAAACACCUUCCUCAGCAUCCCCCACAUGGCAGCGACACUCUUCUCCUUCUUGCCCAUGCGCCUGCUGCCUUUGUGGUGCUACAGAAAUCAGUUCCUGUCCUAUCGACAGGUGGCGCUGUGCCGCAUGCCCUCACUCCAGGGACUGACUGUUGACUACAGGCCAUGGGCUGGAGGAAGUGAAGGCUGUCACAGAAUAAUGGAUUUUCGGAAAGAAUGUACAUUUUUUAUGCUUUUGUCUGGGUUUCUAUUUCAUUUCACUCUUUCUACCUUUCUGUAAAUGUAACAUAUUUGUUAAAAUAAUUUGACUAUUUCAAGAUUUUAAGAAAGGGUAACAAUACCCUCAUGGGUUCUUUUGUGUUGCAGCUAUGAAUGCAUGUAUUUAUGACCUUUAAAUGAAUGAAGCCAGAGCAUACAUGCCCACACUGCAAGACAUGUCACAGUCUCAAAAUAUUUGCUGUAAUGGCUCUACUGAAAUUAAUUAAAGUCACUGAAACAAAUGCUCAUACUAUAAUGACCUACAAUAUUACAGUGAAAACUACUGGAAUUUAAAUUACAUUUCUUCUGAUAUACAAAAUGAGACACUGAUAAUAUGUAGGCCUAUACUGUAUAUAUCUUUGUUAAUACAUUACAUUGCACUUUUUUUUGUUCAGAUUUACCCAAGUGUUGAGUUACGUAGGCUACCAUCUUCUGAGCAAUACUUUGAGGAGCAUAAGGAUGUUUUUUUUCUCCCCUUUUGGUGAGGAACAUUUAAAUUUACAGUCCUUACAGCAGCUCGGCAUGACUUGACAUUGUAGUGAUUAAUAUUUAUAUAUACCCUUGAAAAUUGUGUCUGGCACAAUCGCAUAAAGAGUUGUGCUGUUGAAUAAUUAUAUUCAGCCAUAAGAAGUAUUGUGUGCUGAGAUGGAGUGGUCAGUAAGAUAAUGUUGACAUGUUUCGUUACUUCUGCCUAUCAAAAAUAACUUCUUGAGAUCUUAUUUCCUGUCAAACUACUUCUGUUUCAGUGUGAUUUGGACAAGGCACAAGUUAUUCUCUCUGUUACGGUGUCCUGUUAAAACACAUAUACCACCCAGGAUAGUCUUUACUCUUAAAUGGGCUCAAGUUGCUAUUUAGCGACUUCGGCUCAUGUAGUUUGGUAAGGAGCAUUUGCUCUGUGUGUGGCUUGUUAUUAAAGAAUGGACACCAAACUUAGUAUAAAACCUAAGCACAUGCCCAUAUGUACAUUGAAAAGCUAUGGGUUGCUGAAAUUAUCCAGUCCAUACUCCUGAAAAGAUAAUUUUCAAAUGUUAAUCCAAGUACAGCUGAGGAACAAAAUACACAGUCCUCAUUUUAUGCAAAAAAGUAUUCCAAAGUUGAGCAGAUGCUGGUUUGAGGCUUCAGCAGUAUGAGUAAGAUAAAUUGUGUGGUAUUUUCCAAGGUAAAGUCCAUUCAGUAGAACAUUUCCUCUUUGUGUUACUCUUCCUCCAUCCUGAUCAACAAGGAAUCAGUUUGAAACUCACUUUCUCCGACUUAAGCCAUUCAAGAGGACUGGAUUUUCCCAGCUCCUUCACUUCUAGGAAUCCCACUAGGAAGAGAGCAAAAUGUAACUCUGUCAUCAUGCAUACAUAUAUAUGGCUAAAAGUCCUCCAACCCACACAACCACAUAGGUUGAUGGUUUCUACCCUCAAAUACAACCCAGAAGAGCAUCCUAAAUGAACACCCUACCCCUACCUGGGGUCCCAAGAUCAUAUAACAGUCACACUUCAGUAUGUUAAGUAUAUGGCUAAGUUACCCAGAUGACAUAGUUGCGUUUGUUACAUAAAGCCUACUGCAGGCACCAGAGGUUGCCACCUAACACAAAUAUGGGUUGUAGUAAGCUGCUUGUACAAAUGACCUAUGGUGUUUUAUCAGGGGUAAAUAUUCAUAUAUGGACAUGUGAGUAUUGUAUAAGAUAGUCUUAUAAAAAAAAAAACGUACCUAUCCUUUAAGAAUAAAGUGAGCAUUUUCAAUCAAUGUGAUUAUUUGUGUGCUAUUAUUAGCAUCAUAAUUGUUAAUUGGAGGAUCCUAGUUUCUUGUCUCAUCCUUUGCUUAUGUGGCUAAAUGGCUUUACUCACUUGGAGGGCUUUUAAUGAGCUAAUUAACCUUUCCUGCAUGUCUUCCAGGGGGUGGAGCUGAGCCUGAUGAUUAAAACACUGUUAUCUGCUCUUGCUUUCCAAAUGCAGCAUGCUGCACUGCAGUGGUACUUAAGCCAUUUGAAUACAGAUCUCCUUAGCCAUAUUCAAUACUGUUUGCAAACAGUAUGCUAAACUAAAUUGGACAAACUUCGAAAGACCAGAAUCUGUUUGUGUCAAUGUGAACUUGAAAAAUGGUCUAAAGGCUACUAUGAAUGUAAAUUGUGGUCUUAAAUUAACAAGUGUGCUUUAAGAAAUAAUGUAUAGAUGGUCUUUUCUUCCUUUUUUGUGUGACUUUUUGCCACCGAUGGCACAAAACAGUUUCAGACCUUUUUGUAUUAUAUCAAAUCCAUAAGCUGAGGUUAAUUCAUCCAAAUGAUAUGUUUGCUGAGCACAUUAUGGAAUCUGAAUUCAACCAUGUGAAUAUCUACUCGUUUAGUUCAACUCGCUUUGUUUUACACACUUCUACUGUUAGUUUGCAUUGCACCAUCUCUUCAUUCA